GGAAAAAAGUUUGUACAGUGGCUGGAAGGGCGAGAGCGGAGCUCGCUGCCCCGGAGUCCGAAGGGAAGAUGAUCUGCCGCAGGUUAGAGCCCCAGGCUGAGCGGACCCCGAGCCUCCCCCAGGGCACCAGGAGCGACCGCAGCGGCAGCCGUCAACCCAGGUAGCCGUCCGUACUGCCCGCAGCUGGAGAGGAGGGCGGCCGGAGAGGGUACAGAGGCUCGGUGUCACCUGUGAGCCCGGCCGCACACCUGAGCGGACACCUGCGGGCUCCACAAAGCUGGGACUUAUCUUUGGAGGAAAAAUCAAACAAGAAAUCCAAAACCGGCCUUCACUGAGCCAUCUCACUACCCUCCUUGGUUCUCCAAAUUUUUUAAAGCUGGCCACUCUGAACCCAGUUCCGGAAAAUUAGCAGUCACCGAGACUCGACUCUGAGAAGGCAAAGACUUGGCAAGCUCCGGACUGAGCGGGGCGAGGCUGAGGGGUAGGUUGGAGGCGUGUCCAGGACAUCUGAGGGGUGACCCUGGGGACCCAAGGACUACCACCGACUCCACAGACCCAGCCUCACACCUCACGGCUGCGCACCACUGGCCACCACCAUGUCCACCUCCGGGGCCAAUGCGUCCGCCUCCUUUAUCCCCGAUCGUCCGAGCAACUCAGUGACCAUCCCGGCGGUGAUGUUCAUCUUCGGGGUGGUGGGCAACCUGGUAGCCAUCGUGGUGCUGUGCAAGUCGCGCAAGGAGCAAAAGGAGACGACCUUCUACACGCUAGUAUGCGGGCUGGCCGUCACCGACCUGCUGGGCACGUUGCUGGUGAGCCCGGUGACCAUCGCCACGUACAUGAAGGGCCAGUGGCCCGGGGGUGAGGCGCUAUGCGAGUACAGCACCUUCAUCCUGCUCUUCUUCGGCCUGUCGGGCCUCAGCAUCAUCUGCGCCAUGAGCAUCGAGCGCUACCUGGCCAUCAACCACGCCUACUUCUACAGCCACUACGUGGACAAGCGGCUGGCCGGCCUCACGCUCUUCGCCGUCUAUGUGUCCAACGUGCUCUUCUGCGCGCUCCCCAGCAUGGGUCUCGGCAGCUCGCGGCUGCAGUACCCAGACACCUGGUGCUUCAUCGACUGGACCACCAACGUGACGGCGCACGCUGCCUACUCCUACAUGUACGCCGGCUUCAGCUCCUUCCUCAUCCUAGCCACCGUGCUCUGCAACGUGCUCGUCUGUGGCGCACUGCUCCGCAUGCACCGCCAGUUCAUGCGCCGCACCUCGCUGGGCACCGAGCAGCACCACGCGACGGCCGCCGCAGUCGUGGCGCCGGCAGACUGCCGAGGCCACCCGGCCGCGGCCUCCCCAGCCCUGCCGCGCCUUAGCGACUUUCGCCGCCGCCGAAGCUUCCGCCGCAUUGCGGGCGCCGAGAUCCAGAUGGUCAUCUUACUCAUUGCCACCUCUGUGGUGGUGCUCAUCUGCUCCAUCCCGCUCGUGGUGCGGGUGUUCAUCAAUCAGUUAUAUCAGCCGAGUUUGGAGGAAGAAAUCAGCAAAAACCCAGAUUUACAGGCCAUCCGAAUUGCUUCUGUGAACCCCAUCCUGGAUCCCUGGAUAUACAUCCUUCUGCGGAAGACAGUGCUGAGUAAAGUGGUGGAGAAGAUCAAAUGCCUCUUCUGCCGCAUUGGUGGGGCCCGCAGAGACCGCCCGGGCCAGCACUGCUCAGACAGUAGGAGGACAUCGUCUGCCAUGUCCAGCCACUCUCGUUCCUUCUUCUCCCGGGAGCUGAAGGAGAUCAGCAGCACAUCUCAGACGCUUCUUUACCUCUCAGAACUAAGCGAAAAUGGCCUUGGAGGCAAGAAUUUGCUUCCAGGUGUGCCUGGCAUGGGCCUGGCCCAAACAGACACCACCUCACUAAGGACUUUGCGAAUAUCAGAGACCUCAGACUCCUCACAGGGGCAGGACUCGGAGAGUGUCUUACUGGUGGAUGAGGUUGGUGGGAGCAGCAGGGCUGGGUCUGCCUCUAAGGGGAACUCCCUGCAAGUCACGUUUCCCAGUGAAACACUGAGCUUAUCAGAAAAGUGUAUAUAGUAGGUAAAGAAAAAAGUUCAGCACUGUUUCUGGAACCUUAUAAAAUCCCGUGCAAUAGACAUAUACAUGAAGCCUAGCGUUUAUCUGUGCUCAGAAGGGCUACUUUCAUCCUACAAGUCACAUGAGAGAACAUCCUGGCUUUUGAGCACUUUUCAGACUAACAAGUUGAUUCACAUGUGUCCCAAGGACUGAAGCACAUUGCCUGCCACAUCUCUAUGACACAGGAUUGCUGUCACAAGUCAGCGACUGGGAAGAUCUACCCUUGGUUUUUCUGCUGGAUAGAAGGAUGGCAGAAAUUUUGGUAUUUUCAUAACAUCAGGAGCUUUAUAGCUGGCACACAGCAGGGGGCCAGGUAUUAGUAGGGCUCUAUUCCAAUAAACUAUGAGGACUACGUUAUGGAUGAUUUAAAUGUCACUAAGCAUGAAAAUGUGAAUUUUUAUUGUUGUAAAUAUGAUGUAAGGUAUUUAUUUUCUUCUCUAUGAGAAGGUUUGUUGUUAAUACAAGGUAUAAUAAAAUAUGGUAACCCCUCCCCUCCCAGUAUAACCAGCUCAAGUUGCAGAUGUUAGAUUUUUUUUUUCCUAAGCAAGUUCAGGCCAAGGUGUUGAAAAUUCAGUGAGAUUGACAUCUAUAAAGUAGAUUUGAAUUUUCAAGAGUUAUCAGAGGAAUAAAGAAAAAUCCUAAAGACAUGAAAAAUACAGUCCAAAAUUUUAAAGUUCUUUCCAAGCUAUGUAUUAUACAUAGUGAGAAAUUUUUAGUGAGGCUACAUUUAUUUAUCUAGAAAACUCUGAUUUCAGGCGAACCUAACAUUCUGGUCAAUAUUUUCUAGUUUUGUCCCACUAGCUGGUACUUUUUAAAAUGUAACAUAAAAAAGACUUUAAUAAAUAACCCAUAACUGAAAUGUAUAAUAUAAAAAUAAAAAGUCUAAGCAGCUUGUUUUCUCAAAAAAAGUGUGCAUGGUUUUAUUUUCCUAAGGAAUGACCUAGAAAUAUACUUUAAAAUUUAAGUGGAAGGCAAGCUCUGCCAUUAUGAACUUUAUUUAAUCAGUGGAAAGACUGAUUAAAGUAGCCUUCCACAUGUCAUAAGAGUUUAACAUCAUAAAGGGUACACUUAACUUGGGCACUUAGAGUCACCUUAUAACAGCUGUGUGUGAUACCCAAUCAUGCUGUACACAUAUUUGAAAGAUCUUUGUCAAAAAAAUAUUAAGCAUGUUUUGUUGCUUAAAGUGUUUAUGUGAAUUGCUUGGUUUGUUGUAAUUAAAUUCUGAGCCUGAUAUUGAUAUGGUUUUAAGAAGCAGUUGUUCCAACUGAAAUUAUUUUGGAGGUUACAAUAAAUAAAUACACUCAAUCUGAGUUCCAUAUCUUCAAUUUCAGAAAACUUGUGCCAUUUUUGUUUGCUUCAGGUCAUCUUGUGUAUCCUUUUAAAUUGGAUUUUUUUAACUUUUUUACUUUAAAAUAUUUUUAAAUUUAGAGAAAAGUUACAAGAAUAGUACAAAGCCCUGGCUCCACUUAGUGGAGAAUGGAGUUUAGAAACCAAGCGUUGUGUUAGAGAUAUUCAUUACUUUUGAACCCUUCCACCCAGAUUCUGCAAUUGGUAAUAUUUUAUCACAUUUGUCUUAACAUUCUCUCUUUCUUCUUAGGCAUUAGUUAGCAUGGUGAAAUAGAACAUUUUAGCAGUUUGAGCUGGAUGCUCCUUUUCUGCCAUCUCUCCCUCAGCUGACAAUCACUAUGCCAUUAGGUCUGUAGUCAGUGAUAAUCAAUGGCUGCUGACACUACAAAGAGAAAGAGUGAGGCAGGCAUUUGUAACUCCAGGUGGAAGGAUUCAAGGGCACCCAUGACUUAUUCUUGCCAAAAAAUUGAAUGAAUCUGAUCAAACUCCUAGAUCGAAGUACCAAUUUACAAGAAAUAUAGGGUACAGAGGAACAUCAAUGAUAUAAGGGGGAUGCAAUAAGCAAAAUAUAACGUGGAAAGUUCUAAAGAACAAAUGACCCAAAAACCAAAACCAUUGUCACUGAGUAGAGUCUGACUCAUAGUGACCCUAUAGGACAGAACAGUACUGCCCCAUAAGGUUUCCAAGGCUGUAAUCUUUAUAGAAGCAGAUUGCCACAUCUUUCUCCCACAGAGCAGCUGGUGGGUUUUGACUGCCAAACUUUUGGUUAGCAGUCAAACACUUCCUUAAAAAAAAGAAAAAGAGAGAACCUAUAUAUUUAAAAGACUAAGAGACAUAUCAACAGUUGCAAUAAAUGGAUUUUUUUUUUUUUGGAUUCUGAGUUCAUCAUAUUAUCAUAAUAACAGUUUUGUGUAAUACUCCAAAUGUGACAUAACUGACAUUAUCUACACAUGGGGUCACCAUGAGUUGGAAUCGACUCGAGGGCAACUAACAACACUAUAGUUAUUUUAAAAAUUGAAUUUGUAAUUACAAACCUUAUCAAAAGGUAACUCUAGGCCUAGAUGGCUUCACUUGUGAAUUCAGAAAGAAAUAAUACCAAACCUAUAUAAACCCUUUCAGAAAAUACGGCAGGUGAAAACACUUCCUAACUUUUUUAUGAAGUCUGCAUUAUCUUGAUUCCAAAACCAGACAAAGACAGUACAAGGAAAGAAAAUUAUAGGCCAACAUCCCUCAUGAACAUAGUCACAAAAAUCCUUAAUAAAAUAUUACCAAAUUGGAUCAAGCAAUACAUGAAAAGGAUAAUAUAUCAUAUACAACUAAGUAGAGUUUAUCCCAGGAAUACAAAGUUGAUUUAACACUUGAAAAAUUAAUGUAAUCUACCAUAUUAACAGAAUAAAGGAGAAAAAUCAUAUAAUCAUCUCAUAGAUACAGGAAAAGCAUUUGACAAAAUUCAACACCAUUCAUGAUAAAAGGCUUUCAGCAUACUAGGAAGGAAACUUUCUCAAUUUAACAAAGGACAUAUACAUGUUUAAAAAAUCUACAGCUACCAUCAUACUUAAAGGUGAAAAACUAAAAGAUUAUUAAAAAAAGCAAGAAUGUCUACUCUCACUUGUAUUCAACAUUGUACUGAAGGUCCUAGACAGUGCAGUAAGGCAACAGAAGGAAAUAAAAGGCAUACAGUUUGAAAAGGAAGAAGGAAAACUGUCUUUAUUCAUAAAGACAUAAUAGUAUACAUAGAACAUUCUAAGUAUCUAUUUAAAAAAAAAGCUACUACUACUAAUCAAUGAAUUCAUCAAGGUUGCAGGCUACAAGGUCAAUAUACAAAAAUCAAUUGUAUUUCUAUGUAACAGUAUUAAACAAUUGGAAAAGGAAAUUUUUUAAACUACUAUUUAUAAUACCAUCAAAAAAAAAAAAAACAUGAAAUA